CCAACUAGGUGGCAACCCUAAAAAGUGGCACUUCAAUUUGACAGUUCUUGCAUUUGGUUGAAAAUUUGUUAAAAUUCCUUUCCGCUUUUCCGUAGGAUUUCUUAAUUAAACUAAAAUGCAAAGGGAUCGAGAGUCUUCGGGGGUAUACGCCCGCAAAGGCAACCGACCCCCUGGACUGAGGGGCAAAGAAAUAGGCCUGUAUUACCGGAAUCUGGCGCGUCAGCGUAAAAAGGAGUCCGGCGAACAAGGAUCAUCGGAGGAGCCUGCAAUUAACUUAGGAUGCAAUGUUAGUGCUCCUGCCGGUGUCCUCCUUAAGGUAACCGAGUUUAUCCGUGAGUACAAGGAGGCUUUGGCCAGUGAGAGAUGCGAUGUGGACGCGCAGUUUAAACAACAAUUUGGACACAUUUUGAGUGUGAAUUUCGAGUCCUUCGUCUUGGAGACGAAGGAGAAGCACAGCGGCCGGUGUCACGAAAAUCACACACUAGACGAGAGGCUAAAGCAUGAGCUGGAGCAGCGCCAGCGAAGUGAACUCGGCAGAAAGCGGAUGGCGGGACGACAUAACCUUCCCACCAUGAAAUAUGCGACCGAAAUUCUCCAGGCUGUGCAGGAGAACCAGGUCAUUCUCAUAGUGGGUAGCACUGGAUGUGGCAAGACCACUCAGGUCCCGCAGAUUCUACUCGACGACGCCAUCUCCAAUGGCCGUGGUUCCUCGUGUACCAUUGUUUGCACCCAACCGCGCCGGAUCUCGGCCAUCACCAUAGCCGAAUGGGUUGGCUACGAGCGCUGCGAAGGUCUCGGCCAGUCGGUGGGCUAUCAGAUUCGUCUCGAGUCGCAAAAGGCACGUGAUCGCGCCUCCAUUACUUACUGCACCACAGGGGUUCUUCUGCAAAAGCUUCAGGGAGAUCCCUUAAUGCACAACCUGAGUGUAUUGAUCCUGGAUGAGAUCCACGAGCGGAGUGUAGAAACGGACUUGCUGAUGGGCCUGCUGAAGGCCAUCCUGCCCCACCGUCCCGAGUUGAAGGUCAUCCUCAUGAGUGCCACGGUGCGCGAACAAGAUUUUUGCGAUUAUUUCGACAAUUGUCCCAUGUUUCGCAUCGAAGGAGUGAUGUUCCCCGUGCAGAUGCUCUACCUGGAAGACGUCUUGGCCAAGACCAACUACGACUUCCGCAAAUCGAGCAAAAACGCUCGCCGUCCCAAGCGCUACAAUUCCGAGCAGCAAAUGCAAUUUAUGGCCAUGAUAGAGCCCUAUAUUCGAACCAUCAGGAACUCAUAUGACGGCCGGGUGUUGGAUAAGUUGCGUCUGCCAGAGUCGGAGGGUUGCGAAGACUUAGGAUUCAUUGCCGAUCUAGUCUACUACAUCUGUGAUAGGGAGCCCGAUGGAGCCAUUCUGGUCUUCCUGCCGGGCUACGACAAAAUCUCCCAAUUGUACAAUCUACUCGACAAGCCGUCCAUACCUUUGGGCCAGCGAUGGAGGGACCACAUGGUCCUCUUUGCCCUCCACUCCCUGAUCCAUUCGUCGGAGCAACAGGCCGUCUUUCGACGACCCCCGACUGGGAAACGCAAGGUCAUCAUUUCCUCCAUCAUAUCCGAGUCUUCGGUGACCAUCGACGACGUGGUCUAUGUGAUCAACUGCGGGAAGACCAAGUGCACCAACUAUGACAUCGAAACUAAUAUCCAAACCUUGGAGGAGGUCUGGGUAACAAAGGCGAAUACCCAGCAGCGAAAGGGAAGAGCAGGACGCGUGCGACCAGGAAUCUGCUACAAUCUGUUCAGUCGAGCUCGUGAAACUAGGAUGGAGGAAGUGCCCACUCCGGAGAUUCUCAGGUCCAAGUUGGAGUCCAUAAUAUUGAACUUGAAGCUGUUGCACAUCGACAAUCCGUAUAACUUCCUCCGCACCCUUAUCAAUGCCCCCAAUCCGGAAGCCAUCAAGAUUGGGGUGGACCUGCUGAUGCGCAUGGGAGCUUUAGAUUCGAAUGGAAUCCUCACCCCACUAGGCAUGCAUCUGGCCAAGCUGCCCAUUGAUCCGCAAAUGGGAAAAAUGAUCCUGAUGUCGGCACUUUUCUGUUGCUUGGAUCCCAUUACCUCUGCGGCGGCAGCCCUAUCCUACAAGUCGCCUUUCUACUCGCCCCUGGGACAGGAGAGCCGGUUGGACGAGAUCAAGCGAGACCUGGCCCGCAACAUGCGGAGUGAUCACUUGCUGGUCCACAAUACUGUCAUUGGGUUUAGAGAGAGUCGCUCUACACGCAGCGACCGAGACUUUUGCCGCAAAAACUUUCUUAGUUUCAUGACUAUGCAGCAGAUCGAGAAUAUGAAAGGACAAUUUUCCGAACUUCUUUUCAACUCAAAAUUUGUGACGUCCAAGAACUGCAGGGAUGGCAUUUCCAACAUGAAUUCCAGCAAGAUUCCCCUCCUGAGAGCCAUUAUUGGUGCUGGCCUCUAUCCCAACAUGGCCCACAUGAGAAAAUCCCGGCAGCUGAAGAACAAGGUGCGGGCUAUCCAUCACAUGACCACUGAUGAUGGCCGCCGUGUGAACUUCCAUCCGUCCUCCAUAAACAGUGGCGGGACCGGCUUUGAGUCCGACUACUUUGUUUACUUUCAACGUCAACGUUCGACCGAUCUGUUCCUGCUCGACUCGACAAUGGUCUUUCCCAUGGCGCUGCUCAUUUUUGGCGAUGGAGUGGAGACAGGUGUGCUCAACGAUAGACCUUAUAUAUGUGUUGCCAAGACAUAUUACUUCAAAUGUGAUACCGAAACUGCUGAGGUGGUUUUGGAACUUCGUACUCACCUAGAGAAGCUACUACUAAGAAAGGCAUUGUACCCAGCUCCGAUAGGAGAAAAUGGUUUUGAAAAGCUAUUAUUCAAAGCCAUUGAACAGCUUCUGUCGCUGGAUGAGAAGAUGGGCGAGGAUGACAUCAGCUCUGAUGAAAUCGACGACAUAUAAUCUGCCUCAAAUUAUUGUGGUGUUUCCAUAUUUAUUUUUCAAUACAAAACCAUUUGGCAUGUAAUAAAAACAAAACUUUUUUGUUAAUAAUAAAUUAUGAGUGCAAACUAGUCAUGCAGUAACAAAAG